UUUCUUCUUUUUCGGUGCCGUGUGCGCGCUUGUCUUUCUUUUUGUCGGCGAAACGAGCCACAUCCGGGAACCGUGGUGAGCUCCAUUGCAGAUGCGUCGUUGGUCGCUCGCUGCUGCGCCGCAGACUUGCAGUAUUCGGACGUCGGUGGAAGUCGUCCACCUCAGUCGCCACCAUUUCUCCGGAGAUUGAACGACGCCGACCGUGUUUCUCAGCACGCAACAGCAUUGGUCAACAGUUUUAUAUGACGUCUUUAUUUUGGUGGAUCGAAUUCUUGGGACGAGGCAAUCCAGCAAACUACCGGCAACAGAUAGAGCCUAGCAGCUGCACUCUCGAGCCGGACAGGUUUAUGCAUUUCCGGGGGACCCUGACCACCACCACUGGCCGUCUUCACGCUAAACGAGAAGACAGGAGAACAAACACACCUUGUAAUGCAAUUAACAGUUAACCUUCAUAUCCUACCACGGAAUAAUUAGACUGUCCCCGGAUAAACCCCGCCAAAGAUUGCAGCCGUUCCAGUCCUGACUUGUCUUUUCUCUCUCUAUCUCUUCUUGACACUUUUUCUCUCGCUUCAUUCGUCGGCACUUUGCCCGCCGAGCUCUGUCCUCCCGUCUAGUCUCCCUCCUCUUCCAAGCUGCCGCCUCUGUGCCAAAGAGUUGGCCGUGCUCUCCCCUGCACCUUCCGUCGUCCCAGGUGUGGUUGCGAGUCCUUGACUCGUCCUGUGACGGCAACCCUGUCUGCCCAGUCGUGCAACCCUGUCUCCCUGCCCUUCCUCCCUCGGCAUCGUCGCCUAGUAGCCCCCCUUCGGGGCCCCUAGCUCUCGCAAACGCCGGUCCCGUUCUCGUCGUCGUCGUGGGUGUCCUCGUCGACCUCCUCUCUGCAAAGUCUUCUGCCCUCUCUGACCGGUAGGUGUGGCCGCACUGCCGUCAGUUGAUUAGUGUUGUUGCCGAGGCUUCGAGCGUCAUCCUCGUUUCCCGCUUCCGCCGUCCGUUGAGAAGCACUCGCUUGAUCCUCUACGAACCGUCGCCAUGGGGAGCGUCAACGUGAACCGCAGCCUGACGGACCAGUUCUACCGCUACAAGAUGCCGAAGAUCAUUGCCAAGGUGGAGGGCAAGGGCAACGGCAUCAAGACGGUGCUGGUCAACAUGUCCGAGGUGGCCAAGGCCCUGAACCGGCCACCCACCUACCCGACCAAGUAUUUCGGCUGCGAGCUGGGCGCCCAGACUCAGCUGGACGCCAAGAAUGACCGCUACAUUGUCAACGGCGCCCACGAGGCAGCCAAGCUGCAGGACAUCCUGGAUGGUUUCAUCCGCCGCUAUGUCCUGUGCGCUUCGUGUGACAACCCGGAGACCGUGCUGGGCGUCCUGCAGCGCAAGGGUGUCAUCACCACCAAGUGCCGCGCCUGCGGGCACUCGGGCACCCUGGACAGUGCCCACAAGCUGAACACCUUCAUCCUCAAGAACCCGCCGCCCACGCAGGAGGGCCCCAAGGGAUCCCAGGCAGCAGCUGUGGCAGCAGCUACUGCCGCCGCCAAGGACGCUGGGGCCACCAAGGGCAAGACCAAGCGCAAGUCUCGCGACGAGCGCCGCUCGACCACCGAGGGCCCCGGGAAGCUGCAGAAUGGUGGCGGGGGCGAGGACGGCUCCCAGCAGCACGAGUCGGACCCGCAGGACGACGACUGGGGCGAUGACGUCGACGAUGACUGGGCUGAGGACACCAGCGAGGAUGCCAAG